UUGAUCAGUUUGAGCUGAAGUUGGAUUACUGAGCUAGAGGACAUGGAGCACAAAAUAAGUGACACAGCCUUUAACGUGUUUGAUGAAGUUCGCUUAGAGGGGGAACACACUGACGUCAUCAUCACAGUUCAGGGCAAACAUUUUAAAGUGCAUAAGAUCAUCCUUUGUGGCUGCAGCCCUUAUUUUAGGUGAGGACAGACCCUUUCACAGUGUUUCAUAUUGAAGUGUCGUUUUCUGAAGCGCUUCAUCUUUAAAUUUGCUCCACAGGAUGCUUUUCUCCACCCAAUGGACCAACACGGAGGAACAACCCUACGAUAUUCCAGGAUUGUCCUCGGACACCAUGUCUCUUAUUAUUCAAUAUGCAUAUGCAAGUCCUGUCCUCAUUACUGAAGAGAAUGUGUCGGAGCUCUUGGUGGCGGCAGAUCAGUUUCUAAUCUCAGAUCUAAUAGAUGCCUGCUGCCAGUUCCUAGAGGCAAACCUUUGCCCGCUGAACUGCAUUGGUGCCUGCAUGUUAACAGAGCGUUUCCUCUCCUGCUCAAAGCUCCACCUGAAAGCAAGGCUUUACGUCCUGCAACACUUUGAGGAGGUGCUUCGAGUAUCAGAGGAGUUCCUGGAACUCCCGCUGGGACAUCUAGAGGAACUGAUAGCUCAGGAUGAGUUGAACGUCAAAAAGGAGGAGGUGGUUUUUGAGGCCAUCCUUCGCUGGAUUGGUCAAGCACCUGAAAACAGGAGGAAACACAUUGCCCUGUUACUUUCAAAGGUUCGAAUGGGGUUGAUGUCACCUGAAUACUUCAUGAAUGACGUAAGAAACAAUGCACUGGUGUUGGAGAACGAGGCAUGUUCGGACACUGUCAUCAAUGCAAUGAAGGUCAUUUUUGCCCCCUACAUUGAGGAACCUGCCAGUUCAGAGCUCAUAAAUCAGCUGACACGCCCACGUCUGCCCUCUGAGAUCCUAUUGGCCAUCGGAGGGUGGAGCUUAAGCAAUCCCACCAAUGAGAUUGAGGCAUAUGAUGCAAGGGCGGACUGUUGGGUCAACGCGACUCAAGAGGAUGAGCUUCCCAGAGCCUAUCAUGGUUCAGUAGUCCUGAAUGGGUUUGUCUACUGUCUUGGUGGCUUUGACAGCAAUAAUUAUUUCAGCAGCGUGAGGAGAUUCAAUCCCAUCACUCUGACUUGGCAAGAGGUGGCUCCCAUGUAUGAACGUCGAUGUUAUGUUAGUGUGGCUGUUCUGCAUGGCCUCAUUUAUGCCAUUGGUGGUUUCAAUGGAUACAGACGACUAAAAACAGCAGAACGCUAUGAUUCAAACACCAACCAGUGGACAAUGAUGGCACCCAUGAAUGAACGGAGGAGUGACGCCAGCGCCACCUCACUGCAGGACAAGGUUUAUAUCUGUGGUGGCUUUACUGGGGUAGAGUGUCUCUUCUCAGCUGAGAGCUUUGACCCCGAAACUAACCAGUGGAGCCUCAUCGCUCCCAUGAGAAGCCGCCGCAGCGGAGUCGGUGUGAUCACUUACGGGAAUCUAGUUUAUGCUGUUGGUGGUUUUGAUGGUGCCGCUCGUUUGCAAAGCGUCGAGGCCUACAACCCUCUUAAUGAUUCCUGGCAUGAUAUACAGUCUAUGAUAUACCCACGCAGCAACUUCGGCAUCGAGGUGGUGGACGAUCAGCUGUUUGUUGUCGGUGGGUUUAAUGGUAUGGGCACCAGCUGUGAUGUGGAGUAUUAUGACCGGAUGACGAAUGAAUGGGAUGAAGCCUGCGACAUGAGAAUUUCCCGCAGUGCUGUGAGCUGCUGUGUGAUAUCCGGGUUACCUGAUGUCACACAGUACGUAGUGGACCGAGACUCUUUACAGACAUCAGAAGACGAGUCUGACGGUGACUGAUCGACCUCCAGUGGAUGCCUGACAUUCAAACCAGAAUGCACACUGAAACAUCAUAGAAGAAGUGAUGUGACAUGAUAAA